UCUAAACAGAGCAGGAAAAAACUUAUAUUUCAUCAUUUUAGACCAAUCAGUCACUGAGGAGAGAGAAAGCGAGAGGUUUGAGAAAUGGAGAAUUCAACAGCAGAAGAUGACUUCUCAGUAUUUGUAUUAGCCUCAGACUUGGGUGUCGACGCUCGCCCUUUCUUAGAUUCUUCACAACAAAAUACUAUUGACCUGCCGGAAACUUGGCACGAUUGUCCUUCCUACUUCGCCGACGAAGAUUUCUCCGAUCUUGAAGCUCGUGAUUUCUUCCGGCUUCAAGGGUCCGAUAAAUCUGGCAAUUGUAUCUUCCGCAUCGUCGGAAAAUACUUUCCUGCCCCGGUUGUCGAUUCUGAACGAUUGAAGAAGUAUGUUUUCUACAAAAUCUACACCGAGUUGCCGGAGGGGCCGUUUGGCAUUGUUUACAUGCAUACUACUGUACAGAAGGAGGAUAAUUCCCCUGGAAUGACCAUCUUGCGAUGGAUUUAUGAGGAUCUCCCUGCUGAAAUUAAAGAUAGACUUCAAGUCGUUUAUUUUCUUCACCCUGGUCUACGGUCAAGGCUUGCCUUUGCGACCCUUGGACGGUUUUUCUUGAGUGGGAACCUGUAUUGGAAAAUCAAGUAUGUAAGCCGGCUGCAAUACCUUUGGGACGAUAUGAAGAAAGGAGAGAUUGAGAUCCCGGAGUUUGUGAAAGGUCAUGAUGACGUACUUGAAAACAGACCACUAACUGACUACGGGAUUGAACCUGAUCCUUUGAAAUUGACUGAGGUUCCUUCCAUGUCCUUAUCUCUUGGGCGGUAUGAUUAUGAAGAAAGGUGGGCAUCUAGGUAGUGCAUGUCUUGAAGUGUCAACACAUUGUGCCAAAAAAGACUUGGUGAAAAAUAACUAGUCAUAUUAUUUAGAGUACAUGUAGUUACAGAAGCUAUCGUGUAAGUGUGUAACGUAGACAUGCAGUAAUGUGUCCCAUGUAAAUUCAUGAAGAUGGAUUUCAAAAGAGCUGCAAGGCGCCAUCCCUUCAUAAUAUAUUAUAUAUGGUGUAAUUUGUAUGCAUAGUUACUAUUGAGUAUUGGCUCUUCUAGCUUUGCCUUUGGUUGUAACGCUAUUGUAACUCGCGACUUACUUUAUAGAAGAGAGAAUCAGAUUCAUUUCA